CAGCUAGGAAGCGUUGUGUUCUGUCUACGGGACGAUUCAAGAGACCUUCUCUCCUGCUGUAUUAAGGAAAGGAGGUGCAUUCUGACCUCAAAUCCACAAGAAGGUCAUUUACAUCCUCUGCUUGUUUGCUGCAUUUCUGUCUGACAAGAUGGCAAAUAGAAAGGGCGCGACUAGAGGGCUGGAGGCUGAGGGGCCAACGGAUGCGUCAAUCAUCAGGAUCCCACCCCACCACUACAUUCAUGUGCUGGAUCAGAACACCAACAUCGCUCGGGUUGAGAUUGGCCCGCUCACCUACAUUCGCCAGGACAAUGAAAGAGUUCUUUUCAACCCAUUGCGAAUGACCAUGGUACCACCCCGUCAUUACUGUAUCGUGCUAAAUCCCGUCGCCCGUGACGAAGAAGGGCAGGUCCUGUUUGAUUCGUCAGGUCAGGCCAAGCUACGUCAUGCCGACCUGGAGAUUCGCCUCACCCAGGACCCUUUUCCCCUCUACCCUGGAGAAGAGAUGCAACAAGAUGUGACCCCACUGCAGGUUGUGUAUCCUGACACGGCCCUGCGUCUGCAGGCGCUGCUGGACUUUGAGGAGAAGAACGGCGAGAAGAGGGUGGCGGGAGAUGAAUGGUUGUUUGAGGGGCCAGGGACGUACAUCCCCAGAAAGGAGGUGGCGGUUCUGGAGACCAUUAAAGCCACGGUUAUCAGAGAGAAUCAGGCCAUCCGUCUCAGAGCGCGCAAAGAGGGAGUAGACCGCGGGGGCGUGCGCAGAGUCACAGGUGAGGAGUGGCAGGUGAGCAAGGUGGGAGCAUACUUGCCUGGAGCACACGAGGAGGUUAUUGACAUCGUCAAUGCGUUUAUCCUUACUGACAAGAAAGCGCUGCACGUGCGGGCCUUGCGGCCUUUCCGGGAUCAAGGUGGGCGGGACCACCGCACCGGGGAGGAGUGGCUCGUGACUCUGGCCGACCGCGAGGCGCACAUCCCCUCGGUCGCCGAGGAGGUCGUCGGGGUGGUUGACGUGACGACGCUGAGCAGCAGGCAGUACUGUGUGGUUCUGGACCCCGUCGGCCCGGAUGGUAAACCACAGCUGGGACAGAAGAGAGUGGUGAAGGGUGAGCGUUCGUUCUUCCUGCGGCCGGGGGAGAGGCUCGAGAACGGUAUUCAGGACGUGUACGUGUUGUCAGAGGAGGAGGGGCUCCUUCUACGAGCCCAAGAUGAGGAUGAAGACCUGGAAGACGAGGAGAGGGAGGGGCUGUCCAGGAGGCGCACUAUCCAGCGUCGCCCGGGUGACCGCUGGAUGCUGCGUGGGCCAAUCGAGUACGUCCCACCGGCCACUGUGGAGGUGGUGCUACGGCGACAAGCCAUCCCCUUGGACGAAAACGAGGGGAUUUAUGUUCGAGACAUCAAAACUGGAAAAGUCCGCGCAGUCAUCGGCCACACCUACAUGCUGACACAGGAUGAGGAAUUGUGGGAGAAAGAGCUCCCCCCGAAUGUGGAGACGCUCCUGGCGUCCAAUCGGGACCCGCUGAGCGAUCGGUCAGAACGCAGGCAGAGGAGCGACGGUGACCAAAGAGACAAAACCAGGGUGGUGUCGUACCGCGUCCCCCACAAUGCAGCUGUGCAGGUCUACGACUACAGAGAGAAAAAGGCCAGAGUGGUGUUUGGCCCUGAGUUGGUGAUGCUGGGUCCAGAUGAACAGUUUACGGUUCUGUCUCUCUCCGGAGACAAACCCAAACGGGCCAACGUCAUCAAGGCCAUCUGCCUCUUGCUUGGACCCGACUUCUGCACCGACAUCAUAAACAUAGAAACAGCUGACCACGCCCGCCUGCAGCUUCAGCUUUCUUACAACUGGCACUUUGAUGUUAAGGACAAUUCAGACCGCGCCAAAGCUGCCGCUCUGUUCUCUGUGCCCGACUUUGUUGGCGACGCGUGCAAGGCCAUCGCGUCCAAGAUCAGGGGCGCGGUCGCCGGCGUGCAGUUCGACGACUUUCACAAGAACUCCAACCGCAUCAUCUGCUCCGCCGUUUUCGGCUUUGACGACAAAAUGGCACUGCGUUCCAGCCUGAAGUUCAGUCAGAACGGUCUGGUCAUCAGCAGUGUGGACAUCCAGACGGUUGAGCCGGUGGAUCAGAGAACCAGAGACGCCUUGCAGAAGAGCGUCCAGUUGGCCAUUGAGAUCACCACCAACUCGCAGGAGGCCACUGCACGACAUGAAGCAGAGCGUCUGGAGCAGGAGGCACGGGGUCGUCUGGAGAGACAGAAGAUCACGGAUCAGGCGGAGGCUGAGAGAGCCAGGAAAGAGCUGCUAGAGUUGGAGGCACUCAGUGCUGCAGUGGAGAGCACAGGAGCAGCGAAAGCAGAAGCCCAGUCCAGAGCCGAGGCUGCUCGCAUUCAGGGAGAAGCAGCAGUCAACGAAGCCAAGCUCAAAGCAGAGGCACUACGGAUAGAAGCGGAGGCAGAGCUACUUCGGCUGGAGAAGGCACGCGAACAGGAACUGAAAUAUAAGAAGGAGAUGGAUCAUCUGGAGGUGGAGAAACAGCAGAAGCUGGCCGAAAUCGAGAGCCAGCGCUUCAAACAGCUUGUGGAGAGUUUGGGAAGCAACACGCUGGCAGACAUAGCCAGAGCUGGACCAGAGCUACAGGUGAAGCUGCUGCAGUCUUUGGGUCUGAAGUCGACACUGAUCACAGAUGGCUCGACUCCAAUCAAUCUUUUCAAUACGGCCCAUGGCCUUCUCGGCACGCUGCAGGGCAAAGAGGGCGAGUGACGACUGACUGGAAACAUGAGCAAGAGCAAGAGUCAGACGUACAGUUACCGACGUUCGCGCUGUCUAUUCUUGUAACGGUCCCCCGACAAUAUCUGGAACACUGUUGAAUGUUGAGCCUGUUUUAGAAUGAUUGGUGUUGCCUUGCUAAAUUUACUGACGAACAAUAAAGCGUGACAACAGCCAGUAACGUGAAUUUUAAAGUCAGUUACGUUUUCAGAACAUUUACAAAAUACAUUACGUACAAAAUACGUAAGAAAUAUAUUCAACUUAUCUCAAGAAACGUACCUUGAACCCAUUCUCCCGCUAGUAAAUAAAUAAACGGUUUACAUGGUUACCUUUGAUAAGUUUACCUGUGAAAAAUUCUGUUCCCCAUCUCUUUUUCAAACUCACUGUCAGGAGUUUAUAAUGUCACAUUUAGAAUCUAGGAUGUGCCUAAAGUUAUGAGUUCAACGUGCCUUAUUGCGAUCGAAUGUGCUGAAUGCGUCUUCCCUGCAUCCUCGUGCUCAAUGCUUAGUACACUCUUGUUACUCUGUCAAACCAAACGCUGUUGCCUU